CUGAAUCUAAUGUGUUCCACAUUGAGUUUUAAAAUGAUCGCUUGGAUUUACUUGAAAUGCAAAUAUACAAUGAUGUGCAUACAAAAUUCUUGUCGAAAACGGAACCCUACAAACGCAAACUUGUUGUAGUUUUCCUCCUAAUUUCGUCUUCUCCUCUCAACGGUUAAUUUAUGCGAUAAUUUUAUAUUACAUUUGUGAUUUUUGCAUCGAAAUGGAUACAACAAAUGUAAUUGAAGUAAAAAAGGUGGAUAUUGACAAUGUUUUGGAUAAGUUCCGGAUCUUCAAACGGCACCACAUGGAACAAAUCUGUUUGUUAGUUAUCGCCAUGUUUGCCAAUAAUAUAUACUCCAUGAAUUAUGUGUUUGCUACCGAAGAAGUAUCAUACAGUUGUAAAGACAAUUUCGAAAAUUAUUCACGUUGCAAACCAUUAAAUUCUUCACAUAAAUGUAUGGAAUGGAUGUAUGAUAAUCCAGACAGUUUUGUAGCAUACUUUGACUUAGCCUGUCAAGAAUGGAAGAGGACGCUUGUGGGAACAAUGCACAGUUUUGGAUAUAUGUGUGGCUUGUUGUUCGUUGGACCUAUGUCUGAUCGGUUUGGCAGAAAACCUAUUGCAGUGUUAACAAGUGUGCUCGGACCAAUUUUCGGUAUUUUGAGAAGUUUUGCUCCCUGGUACUGGUUUUAUAUAACGCUGGAGUUUAUGGAAGGUGCUAUAGGAGAUUGUGUUUCGCCGAUGUAUAUAUUAAUAUUGGAAUCAGUAUCAACCAAAAAGAAAAUAUAUCCUUUUACAUUUGGUAGUGUGGGAUACGUUGUCGGUGGAGCCGUUUCAGCGUGCGUAGCGUGGAUAACACCUAAUUGGAGAUGGUACUUACGAGCGAUUUACGUACCUGGAGUAAUAUUUCUUACUUAUAAGUACUUCCUCAAUGAAAGUCCAAGAUGGUUGUUGACAAAAGGAAGGAAAGAUGACGCUGUACUUAUAAUCAGGAAUGCAGCAACGAAGAAUAAAUUGGAUAUUGACAAUGAAUCACUAGAACAUUUAUCAUGUGAAGUUGAUGUUAAAGUUUCCUUUGCUGAAUUAAUGAAACAAACGUUUAAGUCUAAGAAACUGGUAAAAAGAUUUGUCGUUUGCGUGAUUUGGUGGACGACGUCAACUUUUGUUAACUACGGGUUGAUGAUCAACGCGGUUUCUUUACAAGGAAACAAAUAUGUGAACUACAUAUUGGUUUCGUUGGUUGAUCUUCCAGGAUGUUUUAUAAUUACCUAUUUAUUGGUAAAAUAUAAAAGAAAGUAUCCUUUGAUGCUUUCAUUUUUAGGUGGCGCUAUUUUGUGUAUAUCGCAGCCAUUUCUACCAAAAAAUUUGACAUGGCUCUCCAUCAUGUUCUACAUGGCUGGUAAAUUGAUGUGUUGGAUAUAUUUCUACACCACCUACGUGUACACCAUAGAACUUUUCCCUACUACCACCAGGAAUUCGAUGCACGCCUUGUGUUCGUCUAUCGGCCGGCUGGGUUCCAUCAUAGCUCCACAAACUCCACUUCUGAGGGUAUAUUGGCCGGGCCUGCCGUCGUUCGUGUUCGGCCUGGCAGCCCUGGCGGCGGGCCUGUCGACUUUCCUCGUGCCCGACGUAGGCGACGACGCGCUGCCUGACACUGUGCGACAGGCUGAGGCGUUAGGACAGAAAACUCACAAAGAGGACGAAGGAUUUGAUUCUGGGAUGUAAAUAAAUUUAUA